UUCGAGAAUACUUUCCUGAAGAUUGUGUACUUGUGUUGCUCGUUUAGUUGACAAAUCUAGGAGAGUGGGCAACCGGACGUUAAUAUUUUAGAGAUUAUUAGAUAUUCGAAUACAAAAAACUGGUUAGACAAUCGUGAGUCGGUUAAUAUCUAGGAUUUUAAACAUUGGUAUACCAUUCACAAACCAUGGUAGAUUAUUAUCAGGUGCUUGGGGUCCCAAAGGCAGCUUCAAAUGAGGACAUCAAAAAAGCGUAUAGGAAACUAGCAUUGAAAUGGCAUCCUGAUAAGAAUCAGGACAAGAAGGAUGAAGCAGAGAAAAAAUUCAAAGAAUUGUCUGAGGCAUAUCAAGUUCUUUCAGACAAGUCAAAGCGAGAGGUGUACGACAGAUAUGGCGUUGAAGGUCUGAAUGGCACAAGCGGUGCUGACAUGGGUCCUGACUUUCAUGAUGACUUUGGUAGCUUCUUUCACUUUGACUUCAAGACACCAGAUGAGGUAUUCCGAGACUUCUUUGGGGGAAGGGAUCCAUUUGCUGAGUUCUUUGAAGGAAUGCGGAGAGCCAGUGAACCUGCCAAUCUUUAUCAAUUUGGCUACGAACAUAAUAACGACACACGCCGAGCAACCGGAGCCCAUCGUGCACCUGGUAACUCACUAUUCAGGGAUUCGUUCUCUUCUGGAUUUCCUGGUUUUGGCUUUUCUUCGUUUGGCUCAUUUCAUGAUGACCCAUUUGGAUCCUCCGACAUUGCGCCUUUCUCUCCAUUUCUUGGUGGAUUCCCAAACCCGGGUGGAUACCAACAAAGCUUGUAUGAAACUAGCUAUGAUACUGCUGGCUUUAAUCCAGGUUUCACUGGCUUCUCAUCAAGUUCAAGUUUUAGUACUGGAGGGGGUAAUGUAAAGAGAACAUCAACAAGUACAAAAAUAAUGAAUGGAAAGAAAAUAACCACAAAAAAGACUUUUGAAAAUGGGUCAGAAACUGUGGAAGUAUAUGAGAAUGGUGUUCUUCAGUCACUUACAAAAGAUGGAGUACCUCAGAUAGAGUACCAACAACAUUGAAGACGUGCACUUUAGAAUAAUCCUAUUUAUAAUUUAACAGACAAAGACUGUUGUGUGAUAAUUCUAUGCUGCAAGGAGUGACUCUAUGCAAGUCUAUGCCUUGAAGAUCUCCAGUCAUAAACUAUAUACAACUCAAGAAGACAUAGCUUUGUAAUCAACAGACUAUUCCCCGCACAAGAUUAUAUAUGUAGUCUAUAGUUAUUGCCACCGAGCAGGUUACUAUAUAACGCUGUGUCUUGCUAUUUUCCAUAUUUACACGCCCUACUUCCUGGACAGUGAUGUGUAUAUUAUCUCUAUACAAACAUUCACGAAUGGAAAAUUUGCAUCAACUUUUAUUUUCUCUCACUUUCUCCCCCUUUCCGAACAUUAAGUGGUUACAAAAUGCAGUAACAUAAUAUCUAUAUUAGCACCAAAUUCCUUGUCUUGCCAAACUAAUGUGUACAAAUUAAAACCUUUAUUGCAGAAACCACUAAACUGAAUUUUCAACUGCUACCCUUUAACCUGAUAAAUCGGUUGACUGAUAUUUGGAAAUACGUGCUACCGGUAUAUUAUCUGAUUGGCUGUGUUUCCACGUCAUGUGGGGUCGAUGGAAGUGGUUUUCUCGUAUUGUUUUAGCACAUUGAAUUUUCGUUGAAAUGUUCAGUGACAGCUAAUGAUUAGCUGCAUCACAGCCAACCAUUUCAUCAUGCCUGGCUGUCGUGCAGUUUGAGUAACUCAAUGGCAGAAAACUCAGUUUAGUGGUUUCUACAGUAUACUGUGUUUACUGUGGAAAGAACAUCACACACAUCAGAAAUGCAAGUACCACCUUCAACUUGUACGCUCUACGACGGUCAACGUCUCAGCAUGCUGUGCGUUCUGUCUACUUUGCAUAUUACUGUAAAAUACUUUAUUUUGGCUGGUAUUAAUUUUUGCUGAAAAGACUCUUUGGGUAUAUUUCCUUGAUUUUAUUUUCAAUCAUUCCUUCAGCGAAAAUAAAGUAGUUUACAGUACUAGUAUAUGGUCUGCUUUGAGGUCUGAGAAUGACUACCUAGUAACAAGCUCUAGUGUUUUGAUACCCAAUGGAGCCCAGCAGUGAAGGUCAUGGAUUGUCACUGUAAAUUGUAGAGAUCAUUUUAGAGUUAUUCUGAUCAGUUCCAAAUCAAAAAUUAUUCUCUCUGAAAGUGAUUAUUUUUAAAAACUAGUACAUCGAGCUGUCUCUUUUUAUUAAAUUCAACAUAUAUUAAAAGUUUCCUGUACUCACUAAUGUUUGUGUUUUGCGUACUGGAAGCUUGUGCUAUAUGAUGGUGUACUAAAACAAACUGUUAACGUUUUCAUCAUCAAACUGUAAACCACUCAACAUUGCGUUACCAUAUUGGUUGAACAAAUGUUGAUUUCUUGUGAGUCGCGAUACUUUUUUUUUUCGCCACUUUUACUACUUUGAUAGGGUAGGCUUGUUAGUUGCCAUAAUGGUGGCUAUUUUUGUUGUUUUUUAUUUUAUGAGGGUAACCCAGUGCAUGCAAUGAGUUUAUUUUAUAUUCUAUGUUGUACGUAGCCGUUAAAUGUAUAUGAUACCGUUUUAAUAUCCGAAGAGUCAUAGAAGAGAGAGAGAAGCAUAAUACCUGCCUCUAGCUCCAGUGACCCCCCCCCCCCCAGGUAGCUUUGAUAUUAUCGAUAGGUUCAGUUUAAAAAUGUUUGCAUCUACAGAACAAAUUAAUUUAUAGUAGCCAGGCGCAACAUUGAUAAUCAGAUUAUCGAGAAAGUUACUGCUACCAAUACCUUAAUAAUAGAAACAUGCUUAGUAUUGUAUUUGGUAGUCCAAAAUAUCCGGAAAAGCCACAUUAGUUAUACAUGUAGAUGCUACCCCUGUUUCAUGUGUUAUUUGCUUCUGUCAAUCAUAUC